AUGUCCUGCAAGAAGUUUCUGAUGAUUUCACAGGCGCUUCACAUCAGUGACCCAAAGGUUGAUGAAGAGAAUGAGAAGAAGAGGGGCACAGCAGCGUUUGAUAGACUUUGCAAGAUCAAGCCGCUCUACCACAGCAUUGUUGAGGCCUGCAAGACGUAUUUUCAGCCAGCCCAGAACGUGUCGAUCGAUGAGAGGAUGGUAUCCUCAAAGGCCAGAAUUGGACUCAAACAGUACAUGAGAAACAAACCAACCAAGUGGGGUUACAAGCUGUUUGUUUUGGCUGAUUCUGCAUGUGCCUACACAUGCAAUUUCUUUGUCUACAAGGGGAAGAACAGUUUUGCUACCGGUAAGGGACUCAGCUAUGACUCUGUAAUGGCAUUAUUGGAUGUUCAACUGCUAGGGAAGGGUUACAAACUGUUUGUGGAUAACUUCUACACAAGCCCUACCCUGUUUGCAGACCUAAGGAAGCUGGAUGUAUGGGCUUGUGGCACCAUUCGUACCAACAGGGUGGGCUUUCCGAAGACGAAGGUGAACGACAUGCCUAAGCGGGCUGAGCGGGCGAGCAUGCGAUGGAUCCGUGAAGAUGGCCUGCUUUUUGUAAAGUGGAUGGAUACCAGAGAGGUGGUGAUGUGCUCCACUAUCCACAAGUCCUUCAGUGGGGAUCGUGUUGUCAGGCGUGUGAAGGACGGUGCCGGGGCAUGGACCACCAAAAAUGUCCCCAUUCCAACUGCAGUGAAGGACUACAACAAGUGCAUGGGCGGGGUCGACCUUUCGGACGCGCUAAUCGGCUACUACAAUGUUCUCCACAAGACAAUGAAAUGGUACAAGACCUUCUUCUAUAAUUUCAUCGACAUCACCGUAGUGAAUGCAUUCAUCCUACACAAGGAAAUGGCAACGAGCUGUGGAAAGCCCUACCUCUCACAGAAAGACUUCAGAGAGCAGCUCAUCAAGGAGCUUGCUGGCUACAGCACCACAGCAGCAAGCCCUGUCCCUUCUGCUCCUGCCACAAGUGUUCAUCUGCCCAAAUAUAUUUGUGCAGGCAUGGAUGUGCCUAAGGGCCAAAAGGGCACAGCAUGGAGGCGUUGCUGUGUUGUUUGCAAGAUGAAGUCUCCCAUCACAUGCAGCACAUGCUCAGUAACCCUCUGCUUUACAUCAGAGAGAGACUGCUAUGGCAUCUGGCAUCAGCAGCAGAACAUUGUCUAG